AUGAAUAGCCCGACCCAGUGGUUUCAGUUAGUUACAGACCCCUUACCUUCACUAUGCUCAGUUCUUUUCUUAUUGAUGUAUGUGUUCUUCCUUGUUGAUAUUUGGGUGAAAAUAUGGGCUAAUGGCCUGGCUCUUCUUGUUCUCUUUGUUUUCUUGUCACCGCAAUCUUGCACUUUUGCCUAUAAACUUGGUGGCACCAUCAUUGGUACUUCAAGAGGAGGUCAUGACACUCCCAAAAUAGUUGAUAGCAUUCAAGAUCGAGGGAUUAAUCAGAAAAUUGGGAGACAUGGUUUGAAAGUGUCAGUUGCUGGAAUCCCCAAGACUAUCGAUAAUGAUAUCGCUGUUAUAGACAAGUCUUUUGGUUUUGACACUGCUGUAGAAGAAGCUCAGAGAGCCAUGAAUGCAGCACAUGUGGAAGUUGGAAGUGUUGACAAUGGUCUGGGUAUUGUGAAGCUAAUGGGUCGUUACAGUGAAUUCAUUGCCAUGUAUGCAACUCUAGCAAGCAGGGAUGUGGACUGUUGCUUGAUUCCUGAAUCUCCAUUUUACCUAGAGGGAGAAGGGGGCCUGUUUGACUUCAUAGAAAAGCGACUGAAAGAAAAUGGUCACAUGGUCAUUGUGUUAGAAGAAGGUGCAUGGCAAGAGCUUGUUGCCCAAUCCAUGCGGGCAGUUGAUGAAACUGAUGCAUCUGGGAAUCAGUUACACCAUGACGUUGGGCUAUGGCUUGCUCACAAUGUCAAAGUAAGCAUUUCCAUUUUCAUGAAUGUCUGGAAUUAUCAUAGCCCGGUGGACGAAGUGCUCUUUUGAAGAGAUUGCACCUUUACAACAUUGAAAGGAUGGACAAUGCUUCAUCAUGUGUAGCAUUAUCUAUUUGUCCAUUGCUCAUGGAUCUCGAAGUCGUGGGCUUGCAGAUUGAGCUCAGACAAGCUCUGAAGACUCUUAGUACAUGAAAGCAGAAGUACACGAAAGUAGAAGUACAGGUCACAUGGAGAAGUUCAUCACACAUUCAGUCUCAUUCUCAGAGAUCAAUAAAAUUUUUGAAUACAUGCUCAAAAGGGAUGACCUUCGUUGCAUCAUUCGAAUGAGAGACUAAAACUUGAAGAAGCAAGAAGAAAUAAAUUAAUUGUUGGUGGUUGAGUCAGUUCAAUUGGGUUACUUUUUUUGAAGCUUUAUCUAGUUUUUUCCUAUUUCAUGAGGUGUUUAACCUCCUUGUAUCUUUUCAAUUGUUUGUAAAUGAUUGUAAUUGGUUAUUGUUUAAUUAAUGGUAAUCUU